CUUGGUAAAAAAGCUGACGAUAAGAACCAUGAUCGGAGUAGUGCUCCUGUUCACAGCCUUCACCCUGCUGUAUGUGUAUCUUAAGUGGACCUUCAGCUAUUGGGACCGUAAGGGGUUUCCCUCUGCGGGUGUUAACAUCCCCUUCGGUGUUCUAGACUCCGUAUGGCAGAAAAAGCAAUGCUAUGGCAGGGCCAUCCAAGAUCUGUACAACUCGACGAAGGGGCCGGUGGUCGGCAUGUAUCUCACCUUGAGGCCCGCCCUCCUGAUCCGUGAUGCACACCUGGCCCACGACAUGCUGGUCAAGAACUUUGCCAGCUUCCACGAUCGCGGAGUCUACGUGGACGAAGAGAAUGACCCCAUGUCGGCGGGAAUAUUCCAAAUGGAGGGUGCCGGCUGGAAGAACCUGCGUGCUAAGAUGACGCCCUCGUUCACCUCUGGCAAGCUGAAGGCCAUGUUUGAGACCUCUAAUUCUGUCGGAGACAAGUUAUUAGCCCACUUGAGGAAGGAGCUAGAGCAGUCCGGCACCAAGGAGGUGGAUAUGAAAAGCGUCAUGGGAACUUAUGCCAUAGAUAUUAUUGCUUCGACUAUUUUUGGCCUGGAUGUAGACAGUUUUGCAGAUCCCCAAAACGAAUUCAUUGAAAUCAGCAGAAGGAUAAAUCGAAACACAUCAAAAGAUAUUAUUCGCAGCAUAGCCCUAGUACUUUAUCCAGCAAUGGAGAAGUUCUUCGUGCGAAUCGGAUGGAAACAGGAGGGCAUUGAAAUGAUGCGAAAACUGACCAACAGGAUCGUAGAUCUCAGGGAAAAUAACAACAUUGUUCGUAAAGAUAUGCUGCAACUUCUGCUUCAGUUGCGCAAUCAGGGAAACACCAGCACAGAUGAUUCCGUUUGGUCGGCGGAGAGCGCCAAACAUGGAGUGAAAUCGAUGUCCAAGGACCUGAUUGCUGGUCAGCUUUUCGUUUUCUACGGUGCUGGUCACGAAACCACUGCCUCCGGCAUUUCCUUUACUCUCUACGAGCUCACUCAAAACCCAGAGGCGCUGGCUAAGGCGCAGGAGGAUGUGCUCCAGGCCAUCGAGCAGCACGGCGGUCUGACCUAUGAUGCCCUUUCGGCUAUGAAGUACUUGGAUGCCUGUGUGAUGGAAACCACCCGCAAAUAUCCCGCUCUGCCUAUCCUUAACCGAGUUUGCACCCAAGACUUUUCAGUUCCGGAUAGCAACCUGGUGAUCAAGAAGGGCACACCAAUAGUGAUCUCCCUUAUGGGAUUGCAUAGGGAUGCCGAACAUUUCCCCGAUCCACUCAGCUAUCAGCCGGAACGCUUUUUGGAGGGAAACUACAAUCAGGCUGCCUAUAUGGGAUUUGGCGACGGACCCCGCCACUGCAUAGGAGCCCGGAUGGGAAAGUUGAAUGUAAAGUUAGCAUUAGCCAAGAUUCUGUCAAAUUUCGACCUGGAAGUAAGAAAGGAGAAGCAGGAGAUUGAGUUCGCAUUGCAUGGAUUGACCCUGUUGCCUAAGGCGGGAGUGCCCGUGCGCCUUUCUCUCAAGAAGUAGCCCUAAAACUCUUGUAAUCUAUUACUAAAUAAAGAACAUUAAAAAUAACAAAUAGGACAAGAAAAAAGAAUGGAGAAUAGUCGCUUCUUGUCCUAGGUCAACUGGAUAUGAUAGCGCCUAGGUAACGCACAAACUUUAUCAAUAUCGUUUGGCUAGUGAUAAGUUAAUCAGGCUCAUUAAACCAAAAUAAAUCAAAUUUCAAUGUCAGUAACCGAUAAAAACAUAAUA